CAAGAAUCUCCAUUAUUGUGCAGCACUACAGCUAAGGUUUCUAUGAAACCAGACUACCGAGUGUACUUUGAACAAUAUAAUGGAAGGUGAAAUUAGGAAUUUCGUCACAAUAUGGGCCAUUGUAGUGGCUUCUUUAUGUUAUUGCCACACCAUAGGAACCUACGUCUUCCCCAAACCAAACCUAGCAAGGGCUUUUGCUAUUCUUCCAAUUGUUUGUCUCUUCUUUGUCCUUCCUCUCAAUCUCACAUCUAUAACUCUUGGUGCAAUCUCUUCCUUCUUCAUUUCUUGGUUAGCAAGUUUCAAGAUUAUUCUUUUUACCCUUGGGAUUGGCCCUUUGGUCACCUCCCCACCCCUCCCCCUCUUAACCUUCAUCCCUUUGGCAUGUUUGCCAAUAAAGGUUCGGAACCGGGUUCGUUGCGGUUCCAAACCCAAGCACGUCAAGCGCUUUGGAUCGAAGACAUUUGUUCCAGAGUCACCGGAGAUUUCUGUCAAACCACGUACUCAAUCAUAUGAACAUUUGGAAACUUCGGAGGAUUCGAGCUUAAAAAAAGCCCACAAGUUUUCCAUCAAUCAUUUUGCAAAAUUGGUCCUUUUAACAAUCUUGUUUCGUGUGUACAAAUAUCAAGAAUUCAUUCAUUUCUAUAUGCGAUUGUUCUUUUAUUCCCUCCACAUUUACUUCAUCUUGGAACUUUCUCUGGUCGCGGUAGGAUCUGUGGUGGGGACCAUUUCAGGGAUCGAGCUGGACCCACCCUUUGAUGAGCCCCACCUUUCCACCUCGCUCCAGGACUUCUGGGGUAGGAGAUGGAACCUAAUGGUGACCAAUAUCCUCCGGCCCACGGUGUAUGACCCGGUGAAGGUUGUCUUGUCCCGUUUGAUGUCAGGUCGGUGGGCCCAGUUUGGGGCAGUAGUGGUGACCUUCUUUGUAUCCGGGAUCAUGCACGAGCUCGUGUUCUUCAACAUUGGGAGGUUGGAGCCAAGUGGGGAAGUGUUGUGUUUCUUCCUCUUGCAUGGGGUGUGUUUGGGUUUGGAAAUAUGGAUCAAGAAAAAGUUGGAUGGGAAGUUUAGACUGCCAGGUUUCGUGUCAGGGCCACUGGCAAUGUCCUUUGUGAUGGUUACUAGUUUUUGGCUUUUCUUUCCACCAAUGCUACGGAGCAAGGUUGAUUAUAAAUCGUGCAAUGAGUAUCUUGCCAUGAUUGAGACUAUCAAGCAUCAGAAAUUAGUUAGUCCAAAUAGUAUCAAUUGUCCUUUCUUUUGAACAAAAACUUUUAUGCUACUUUAUUCAAGUACCAAAGGGGACUUACUCGUGAUUAGUCAAAAAAACUGGUAGGUUUAUGGUUGCAAUUUACUUCUCUUAUUAGUUGUGUCAUUUUAACAAUUUUGUGAGAACUAUCAUAAUUUGUAUCAUAUAUAUGGAUGGG